GCGGGGGAGGCCCGGCCUCGGCGCCACCAUGACUCUGGAGUCCAUGAUGGCCUGUUGCCUGAGCGACGAGGUGAAGGAGUCCAAGCGCAUCAACGCCGAGAUCGAGAAGCAGCUGCGGAGGGACAAGCGCGACGCCCGCCGCGAGCUGAAGCUGCUGCUGCUGGGCACUGGGGAGAGUGGAAAGAGCACGUUCAUUAAGCAAAUGCGUAUCAUUCAUGGCUCAGGCUACUCUGAAGAGGACAAAAAAGGCUUCACCAAGCUGGUGUACCAGAACAUCUUCACUGCCAUGCAGUCUAUGAUCAGGGCCAUGGAAACCCUGAAGAUUCUGUACAAAUAUGAACAGAACAAGGCCAAUGCAGUGCUGAUCCGGGAAGUGGAUGUAGAAAAGGUCAUGACAUUUGAGCAGCCAUAUGUAAGUGCAAUUAAAACAUUGUGGAAUGACCCUGGAAUCCAAGAGUGUUACGACAGGAGAAGAGAAUAUCAGCUUUCUGACUCAGCUAAAUACUAUCUCAGCGACGUGGAUCGUAUCGCUACCCCAGGAUAUCUACCAACUCAGCAAGAUGUGCUACGGGUUCGAGUUCCUACAACUGGGAUCAUAGAGUACCCCUUUGACCUAGAGAAUAUUAUCUUCAGAAUGGUGGAUGUUGGAGGGCAAAGAUCGGAACGAAGGAAGUGGAUCCAUUGCUUUGAAAAUGUGACUUCCAUCAUGUUUUUAGUAGCACUUAGUGAAUAUGACCAAGUUCUGGUGGAAUCUGAUAACGAGAACCGGAUGGAAGAGAGUAAAGCCCUCUUUCGAACCAUUAUCACUUAUCCAUGGUUCCAAAACUCUUCUGUUAUCCUCUUUCUCAACAAGAAAGAUCUGUUGGAAGACAAGAUCCUAUAUUCCCACCUUGUCGACUAUUUCCCGGAGUUUGAUGGCCCGCAGAGGGAUGCGCAGGCAGCCCGGGAGUUCAUUCUCAAGAUGUUUGUGGAUUUAAAUCCCGACAGUGAUAAAAUCAUCUAUUCCCACUUCACAUGUGCCACAGACACGGAAAACAUCCGUUUCGUCUUCGCAGCUGUCAAGGACACCAUCCUACAGCUCAACCUGAAGGAAUACAACCUGGUUUGACCCCGCUGUGCUCUCAGCCCCGUCAAGAGGCUUCGUUGGGAAGAAAAGACAAAACAAGAAAGUUUCCAGACGACAGGAAAACCACAAAAGUUUUAAUUCCUUUUUUUUUUGUUUAGGUUUUUUUGUUUUGUUUCGUUUUUCCUCUUUUUUGGGUUUUUUUUUGGUUUUUUUUGAUGAUGUAAUGAUUGCAAAUUGUCUGACCUGUGGAGUGGCACGUGCUCAGUGUUACCCUGGAGUCUCAUGUCUCUGUCCACAGAGUAGCUGAUUUCCUAUUUUAACAAGAUCGCUUUUCUUUCACAAGUUAACGGGGAUAUGCCUCAUCUCUUCAGCACCUUGCUUACUUCUUACGUUCUGCCAACUUCAGCCUCAUCUUGAGCUUCCCUUCGUUGCUUCGCCACUUUUCGCCUCCCCUCCUCCCCCCGUUUUCAUUCCCAUGGUAUAUAUAUAAAUAUAUAUAUAAAAAAUAACCCCCAACUUUCCAGCUGAGAUUGUGAAUUCACUGGACUGUGGGAGUGCAGAAUGCUACUGGGCCCUUUGCCUUGUGCUAUGGGUGCCUCUGGUGUCAGUUGUUAACCCUGCUUGCUUCUUGCCCUGCCCUUCCCUUCCCCAGGACACGCUCCAUGGUUCACUGUGAUGAAACGUUGGGGAGGAGCAAUUGCUCUCCAACCAUUGUGCAAAAAAGAAACCCCCCACGAGAAAAAGGCAAACCACCACCACCACAAGCCAUCACUGUUGCCAUUCUUUCUAUGUUCUAGUUUUAUUUUGUUUCUUUAUCAAUGAUAAAAGGUAUGGAGACUGUGAUUAUUAUUUUUUUUAAAUUAUUGAUGUUCUAUACAUA